UUUAGGCGACACGUGUUGUUCUGGUUUGUUUGAGAUUCGUGUAAUUAAUCUUUGAGAAAUUCACUGAUUUACACGCAGGAAUUUUCGAAUUAAGCUCUCUCCUUCGAAUAGCUAUUUGCGUGUUAGCCACUUGGCUAACUACAUUUUCUCAUCCCCAUCGACGUUGGACGCUUCAGACCCAUAAACCUGUGAAACUUGCUUUUGCUUUGGCCAACAGACCUUGCGGCGCAAAACACUUUAUACACUAACGAGAAACUGGCUUUGGGCAAUCCAAAAUGCCAUUUUCCAAAAGAAAAAUGCAAUCUUCUGAACCUCAAGUUAAGAAGAAAAGGGUGGAUCAUAGUCCUGCAGCAUCUGAUAAACCUAGUCAAACAACUCAGAUGACACAGAGGUCUUUAAGGGCAGGAGCGCCACAGAGGAAAGGUUUGAUUCAGUCUAAAAAGAAAAAGCCCCUGCUGAAGCUGAGGGAAGAGAAGGAACCUCGUCGGUCUUCUAGACUGAAAACAGCGCCAAAGAAACCGACUGGUAGACAAAAGCAGAAAGCAUCGAAUACAUCUGCUGCGCCAAAAGAAGUGAGCUCCAAAUCUGCUGCUAAAGUUUCUGAGACAGCUGGAGACAGAUUGGGUCCAAAUUUGCCUGUCCUGAAAAAAGGUAGUAAGAAAUACUCUAGAAGAGUGAAGAGAGGUAAAUGCCCAUCUCCUCCUCCAGAAAAAGUUAGCACACUGUCCGCAGCCCAGUACCCCGUGCUAAUAGAGCACAGUUAUGGUCGACCUUCUGAUUUACAAAGUGAAGAGAUAACAAUGCCAGACAGAAACAGAGUUGCAGGAAUCACUGGUCUGAAUGACCAAGGCCCUGCCUUGUGCCAUUCAGUGAUGCAAGAGAGUCAAGCCUCUGAGACUAAAAUGGCAAGCAAAAUAUCACUUGAUGAACAAAAAGAACUUUGCCCUGAUCCCAUUGAGAAAAUCACUGUAACUUUAGAUGCCAAGGUAAGUGUGAUGAGAAAGUCUCCACCACCUCUACAAGCACUUUUUAAAGUUAUUCAAGAGACUAGCUUUAAUGGUAAAAAUAUCUCUGAUAUGGAUGAGGUUGAGGUGGUGAAUACAUGUUCUCUGCAGGAAGCUGUUCAGAAUACAGAAAUCUCUUAUACUCCAGACUGCUCUCUGGCCUCAGAGACUUGUAUGAAGGUGGAUGAUAUUGAAACUGAACACUGUGUGGUUGAGAUUGAAACAGUGGAGGAAGUAGUCAGUGACCUUGGUGCCUCAGACAAUAACAACCAACCACCCCAAGACCUGCAGGAGUCAAUUGCACUAAAGGAAACCAGCAAAGCUGUGGUGUGCAAGGAGAACACUUCUACCCCUUCAUUGCCGCAGGACGGCACAAAAGACUCCACACAAGGUUCCCCUGCACAGGCCAGCGCUGAACCUCCAAAGAAGCAAGCAAUGAAUCCUCAGGCCAGAACCAAAGCCCGCCUGGCAGCACUGGCUGAGGAGAGGGCAGCUGCUGCUAAGAGACCACCCCCCAAGCAGUUGAACCUCUUGGCUCUGUGUGAGGAAAUUGCAGAUGAAAUUGCAGAUGACAUUGCAUCUGAUGCUGCAGCAGCAGAAGAGAUGAAAGAAGAAGGGGCUCAGUCUGAUGACAACAGCCAGACCAAAAAUGAAGUGGAAGAUGUGCCAGUUCCCACUGUUUCCAGCGACCUGCCUCCCUUUGAAACCCCAACAGGCAGUACCUCUGACCAUAAGGUACAAGAGAACACACCCAAGAAACGGUUCUUCCUCAGCCAUGUGUCUGUUCCCCUCAAAACCCAAGAGAAAAAGAAGCUGUCCCGUUUCCAGAGACUGCGGCAGGUUGAGCUGCAGCGGGACAAGCUGACAUGGACCCGCGUUAAGAAGCUCAAGUCCGAUCAGGCCAGUCAAGACAGUGCAGAAGACUCCCCGCAGCCUUUGUUACCUGAUUUGGUACCAACCAGUGAUGUUAGCUCUCCUACUGCUCUGCCAUCUACUCUAGAGAGUGUAUCCAAGGUGGGGUCAAGUGAACGCAGGAGGGUUCUUCCUGCUAUGGCACCGCCCAUGCCCAACGGUAUUACCAGUUCAAAGCCUAAGCCUGCUGUAGAGUAUAAGCCGUACAACCCCAGACCAAAGUACUCAGCAGAUGACUUUGAACUGGAUGAACCAGAGGAAGAGACUAGCCAUCCAGCUGCUAUCAAACAAGAGGGGAGAACAGUUUGUCCCUUAGCCAUAGCUGAAGAUAUCUCUAAACCUUUGGCAAAAAAUGCAGGCGUCCCAUCCCCUGCAGCCAGCAUCCCGAAAUCCUCCACCCAGCAAGAACAUACUCAUAGGACAUCAACAGAAGAUUCACAACUUGCAAACAGUAGCUGUGGCACUGGGUCAGACGCAGAGCUUCAGAAAGAGUGCAAGAACAAUGUAAAAACAGCAAGUACAGAAGGAGAGCAAACCAGUACUGACAAAAGUCAGAGUGCGUUUGGAGCAGUGACUUGUAAUGUGUGUGGGAUGUUGUACUCACCAUCCACAGAAGAUGAAGCCCAGCACCUGCUCUUCCACAACCAGUUCAUCAGUGCUGUCAAAUAUGUGGGAUGGAAGAAAGAGAGGAUUUUAGGAGAGUACCCAGAUGGCAAGAUUAUACUUGUUCUGCCAGAUGAUCCCAAGUAUGCACUGAAAAAGGUGGAGGAGAUUAGAGAAAUAGUGGACAAUGACUUGGGCUUUCAGCAUGUGCAGACAAAGGUCCAAUCCCAGACCAAGACCUUCCUCUUCAUUUCAAAUGACAAGAAGGUGGCUGGGUGCCUUAUUGCUGAGCACAUUCAGGAGGGCUACAGGGUGAUAGAGGAACCACUGCCGGAGGGCUCUGAAGGGGAGAAGGUUAUGUUUGAGCGGCAGAGAGCCUGGUGUUGCUCUACCGUUCCAGAGCCAGCUGUCUGCGGGAUCAGUCGCAUUUGGGUCUUCAGCAUGAUGAGGCGGAGAGGCAUUGCCUCACGAAUGAUUGAGUGCCUCAGGAACAAUUUCAUCUAUGGGUCGCAUUUGAGCAAAGAUGAGAUUGCUUUCUCCGACCCCACGCCAGAUGGCAAGCUUUUUGCCACUCAUUACUGUGGAACCUCACAGUUUCUGGUAUAUAACUUCGUCAGUGGGACACGCUUGACCUGACAACUGCCAUAAACAGACAAAACACUCCCUUAAGAGUCCCCCCGACAUGUAUCAAGUUGAAGAAGAACGGUUUCGAUCAAGCCAGUAUUAAAUCCAAAUGUCAAAUGGAGCCAAAAAGGUGAAAAGAGCUGCACCCUAGGAUGAUUUUACAGGCUUUUACUGUUAAGAGACAUGGACCCCUAUUUAAUUUCUUAAAUAAAACUUUUGAUCUAAGAUCAGUUCUUUGAUUUCAUAUCCCAGUGGAUAUAGUCAUACACAGAGAGGAGCAACUAAUCGUAGAUCAGUAGUAUGAUGCGCUACGUAAGUAAAAAAAAAUUUCAUUUUAUUGUUGUUGUGUUUUUUUUUUGUUUUGUUUUUUAUAAUCAAUAUGUGUCCUCUCUUCAGAAGGCAGAAAAUGCAUUUAUGCAAUUAUCACGUCAAACCCAGCAAGACCAAUUGACUUGGAAAUUUGCAUUGAAUAACACUUCACAGUAGCAUAUAGCUAUUGUUUUGUUUGGUGAAAGACAUGUAUGCUGUUCUCUCAGGUUUAGUGUGAAACCUAUCUUAGGACUUUCUAGCAGAAGCCAUCAUGUCUAGAGCACAGUUAUGAAAUCAGUAUUUGCUUCUUCUCUUUGAACACAGAGAGAAAGAGUACAUGGACUUUACUACUGCAAGCAAUGCCUCUCUCUUGAGGCACCCUUACAACUUCUUUUUAAUCUCAGGUUGAAAAAUAUAAUUUAUCUUUUGGGGCUAGAUUUAUCCAAGCAUUUAAGCAUCUGUUAUAAGUGUUUGCAAAUGAAACUUAUUAUCACAUUACAUGACUAUAAAUUGGAAAAAUGACAUGCCUGAAGCAAUUAUUGACAUGCUUAGGUAUGUUGCCCCAGCAUAACAUUUUUACACAUGCUGAAUGCUUUAGUACAUUUGGUCCUUAAGUUUGGUUCUCCCUUUAAUAUCAUUUCAGCAUUUCAGUGGUUUUCAGAGCCUGUUUUCCUUAUGCAGUGUAUUCACAUUGGACUUUACUGAGAUUUAUAUGCAUGGCAUUGACAGCAAUAGAGAUCAUUUUAUGCUGACUAUUCACAGUUGUCUCUUGUAUUGAUGUAGAGUGCAAGCUGACACUUAAAUACAGCUUUUUUUUGGUUGUCAGCAGUCAAGCCAGUCACAUUGUCUCAGCACCCCCGUUUCAUUUUUAAUAUUUGUAGAUUAUGAUUGGUUUUAUGUGUCAGUGUAUUUUAAUUAUAUUAAUUUUCUCCUGAACAAACUGUGUCUUUGCCGAAGUAUUUUGCCGAAGUUUAUUAUUGAAAAGCUUUCUCAAAGAUGCUGAUAAGAAAAGAAUAUUUGAAAGUACUUUCAGCAGCUCAGUGCCAUAUUUUCAGCAUCACAGGACCAUCUCCGUUGUCUUUGUUGAAAACAACAUAGGAUGGCUGAGCAUGAUUGAGGAGAGAACUGCUUUGUGAGCCAGUGGAUUCGUUUAAUUAGCAUUUCUGUGUUAACAGUAAGAGAGAAAUCAUGCCAUCAUUUUCUAGUCAGUAAGAGCAUGGCUGAAUGGAGGAGAAUAGAAUGCAGUUUUCACUUAAAAAUAGUGCCUUAGCAGAUCACGUUAGCUUUUCCGGUGGGGGAUCAGCAUCUACGACACAUUUACCAUAAACAAAACAGUAAAUAAAAUGCUGCAUGUCUAGGAUCAAUUAAAAUGUAGCACCCUUGAAACAAAAUAUAUUGGCCUCAAAUAAAGAAGAUGAAAAAUGGAACUCCUGAGAGAUACUGCAAGCUAACAAAACAUUACUGGGACUACAUUGCCAUGCACUUGUUUACAAAGAAAUGAAACGCACAGUGCCCUCCAGAAUUAUUGGUAAAGGUGUUUAAACGUUGGGAAGAGUGGAAGGGUGUAUGAAAAAUUUCACUGUUUCUUAGUUUGAUCUUUUCCCUUCAAGCUAAAAUUGUUUUAAAAAGUCACGAAAUAAAUAUUUUUCCUACACGCAA